AUGAAGUACAUCAUUAUUGUAGCUACCCUGGUGUCCGUGGGCUUAGCUGAUGUAAGCAGCUUCCAGCAGUUUCAACAUCAACCGAAUUAUUUACAACAAGUUCAGCCUAUCAAUUCAUUAUAUGCAAAACAACAACAACUACAGCCAACCUACCAACAACAAACAGUCCAUAAUACCGAACCUAUUCCCAUAGUUAAUCAGGAACAGGUCAUCAAUCCCGAUGGAUCAUAUAAGUGGAGUUACGAGACAGGAAACGGAAUUUCAGCUGAAGAGCAGGGCUACAUAAAAAACCAGGGAAUACCUGAACAAGAGGCGCAGACGGCACAGGGCCAAUAUCAAUAUACUGCGCCUGACGGUCAAGUUAUACACGUCCAAUAUCUGGCGGAUGAAAAUGGGUUCCAGCCACAAGGUGCCCACUUGCCAACAGCACCGCCCGUCCCAGCCGAGAUACAAAAAGCUCUAGACUUCUUGGCCACGCUACCACCUCCGGCACAUGACACUAGAGAAUACAUCAGACAUCCUUGA